AUGGCCGCCUCACCAGCCCCCGAGCAGACACAAGCCGUAAAACGACAUCCGCCCUAUCUCCCCACGCCCCUCGAGCGCAUCGCCCUCGGCAUCUUCCCCGCCAUCCUCGUCUUCGGCACAAUCUUCUCCCUCAUCUCGCCCGACGUCCGCGCCUCCGCAUACGACCACGUCUCGCAGUCGCACCACCAAGACCCCAGCAUCGCCCCGGGCUACUUCGCCCGCAAGAACAACAUCUUCAACGUCAUCUUCGUCAAGCGCGGCUGGGGAUGGAUCACCUUCGCCUUCGUCUUCUCCCUGCUCAUGCAGCCCACCGGCAAGGCGCCGCCCGCGGUCGUCCUGGCGAGGCGGAUCCGCGCCGGGGUCCGGUGGGCGGCCGUCACGGGCUGGUGGUUCUUCGUCACGCAGUGGUUCUUCGGCCCGCCCAUCAUCGAUCGCAGCUUCCGGUGGACCGGCGGCAAAUGCGAGCUCGCCCAGCGAGAGGUUAGCGUGGGGGCGGGGACUGUCAAGGAGAUGCUGACGGCCGUGGCCUGCAAAGCGGCUGGGGGCAAGUGGAAGGGCGGCCACGACAUCUCGGGACACGUGUUCCUGCUGGUGCUGGGCACUGCCUUCUUGAUGCAGGAGGUUGGCUGGCCGGCCUUGAGGUUCAGCGGAUGGCUGGGCGAAGAGAGAAGCAUCGUCAUGUCCGACGGAGCGGUCAAGAACGCCAGCGUCGAGUCGGAGACGGCCGUUGGACAUGGCGCAGGGGAGCCUGCGUUUAACAUUGGGGGAAAGACGGCCAUUGGCUUCAUCGCAUUGAGUCUGUGGAUGCUGUUGAUGACAGCCAUAUACUUUCACACGUGGUUCGAAAAGUUUACGGGACUUUUGGCCGCCAUUAUUGCUAUAUACACGGUCUAUUAUGUGCCCAGAGCCCUCGCCGCCAACGAGCUUCACUAUUUCCCAACCCAGGUCACCAUCCUCCACAUCAACUCCAUCCCCUUCCAACUCCGCUUCUCCCCCGCCCUCGCCAACAAACCCCAAGGCCCGCCCCCGGAUCCCGCCCACCCGCGCAAGCCCUUUGACCCCUUCGCCAACCCCCCCGCCGCGCUCUUCGUCGCGGACCUGGGCCCGCAUCAUUACCUCGUGCUGAACAAGUUUGCCGUCGUGCCGGAGCAUUUCAUCCUUGCGACGAAGGAGUUCAAGUGGCAGACGCAUCUGCUGGAGGAAUCUGAUUUGCAAGCCACGCUCGCCUGCAUCGAUGCGUAUGAACAGGCGAGGAAGACGGCAGCCAACAACGACGGCGACGACUCUUCAUCUUUACAGCAGAAAGGAAAGCCGCAGCCCGAGGAUGGCUUGUUUGCCUUCUUCAACGCGGGAGACCAUUCCGGCGCCAGUCAACCCCACAGACACAUCCAACUCCUCCCCAUAGCCCGCAUGAAAGACGGUCUGGAAGAAAGAAACGGCUCUUCAUGGGACGUCCUCGCCCAACAAGCCCAUCUCCUCGAACAGACGCCCUUUGUCACCUUUUCAGAACCCAUCGGCACAGAGACCUCGCCGGCGGAUCUCCACGCCGCAUAUCUCCGCCUCUACAGAAAGGCGUGCCAGGCAGUUUCUCAGCACAACACGCAUGCGGGGAGCACCACAGAGGCUCCAACGGAUGAUGACGAGGGGAUCACUUCUACCGGGGAAGCGAGGAUUAGCUACAACAUGGCCAUGACGAGGGAUAGGCUGGUGAUUUGCCCCCGGCUAAGCGACGGCUGUGAGGUUCAAGACGGCGAAACGUCUGGCCGAAUCGGAUUCCUUGCUCUGAAUGGUACGGUGCUGGCGGGGACGGCCUUGGUGAAGAGCGAAGCGGAGUGGGAAGCCUUGAAGAAGAGUCCCGGUCAACUGCUGGCUGUGCUGAAGAGCAUCGGCGUUCCGCGGGACGAGGUCAAGGAUGAGCAGACCAAGCUUUAG